AUGUCUGCUUUAAACUCUGGUUGGAAAUCAGCGGCAAAGAAAGUAGAGAAAAUUCGGAAUAAAGUUGAUAACAUAAUCCAUAAUUAUCCCGAACUACCAAAAUUUCUCUUAGGAGAAGAAAGUUUACCAUUUCAGAUUGGGUCAAAAGUUUCAGUGAAAGAUUAUAAUACUUUUCUUGACCGCAACGAAUCAACCGGAUACAAAUUUUAUUGGAACAAAGGAAACGUAUAUAUUAUUGAAAUGGCUAACUCAGAUCAUGAAUGUGUUAUAUCGGUGCUUCAAGAAUGUUUUAGAGUUCCAAAUAAUAAUGUAAUAUGUGGUCCGAUAAAAGUUUACGGCCAACCAUUUCACUACAACCCAAUUAACAUUACGGAAAAAAUGGCACCAGACGUUGCAGUUUAUCCAAAUAUUGCUUAUGUUCCACGACCUGGCGUUUUGCAUCCUGGUCCUCCCCCCAGUGACACAAAUGGUCUUCCUCAUGCGAGAAUCAUCUGUGAGAUAGCCAAUGCUCAAAACAUUGCUACCUGGAAUAGAAGAUGUGAAAAUUGGAUGCGUGAACAAUAUGUCCGAUGUGUAGUUGGUAUCAAGCUUGAUAUUAUUAGGAGUUAUCAAGGCCAAGUACAUAGAUCAAUGAUUGCCAUGCUAUGGACACGUCAGAUACCAGCACCACCGACAGUGAGUAGGGCAGUACCAACGUUGCCGGGAGUAUUCACCCAAAAGUGGGACUUUGGAACUUUACAAUAUAAUAGUAAUCAAGCUACUGGUUGUAAUGGUCCUGGUAUUCCUGCCUAUCAAGUGAAUAUUCCGAUUUCAAAUGUUUUUUGGGACCCUCCAAUCGUUGCAGGAGCUCCAAAUGUUAGAGGAUAUAAUAUAACAGUUCCUGGUACAGUUGUUGGCAAUAAUUUUGUCAUUGAUUUAUAUAAUAUUCAACAAGAGGUCUUAGCUUCACAAAAAGUGUAA